AUGGAAGAGAAUAAUCUUUCUUUCUUUCUUUCUUUCUUUCUUUCUUUCUUAAUCCACUUCCUUCAUUUUUUCUUUCUUAAUCCACGUUGGUCUUUCUGCUUUUCUUUCAUAAAGCACUUCUUUUUUCUUUCCUUCUUUCAUUUUCCUUCUUUUUUCUACUCAUUAUUCUUGUGCGUUCCUUUGAGCAGUUUUCUUUUACAAAGCUUUUCUUUCUCUCUUAAUCCACUUCUUUCUUUCUUUCUUUCUUUCUUUCUUUCUUUCUUUCUUUCUUUCUUUCUUUCUUUCCUCCGCCAUCUUUUUAUUCCUACGUUAUUUCCUCCACUUUUGUCUUAUUACGUCAAGCAUUUUUGGUUUCUUUCUUUCUUUCUUUCUUUCUUUCUUUCUUUCUUUCUUUCUUUCUUUCUUUCUUUCCUUCUUUCUUUCUUUCUUUCUUUUUUUCUUCCCUCCGCCAUCUUUUUAUUCCUACGUUAUUUCCUUCACUUUCGUCUUAUUACGUCAAGCAUUUUUGGUUUCUUUCUUUCUUUCUUUCUUUCUUUCUUUCUUUCUUUCUUUCUUUCUUUCUUUAUCCAUUUUGUUCUUUCUUUCUUCUUAACUCAUUUCUUAUAUUCAUUCAUUAACCCACCUCCUAUCUAUCUAUCUAUCUAUCUAUCUAUCUAUCUAUCUAUCCAAAAUCACAACCACUUCCUCUCUCUCUCUCUCUCUCUCUCUCUCUCUCUCUCUCUCUAUCCAAAAUCAGUAUUUUCAUUUUUGAUCUUUAAAACCUUUCAGCAACCACUUCCUCUCUCUCUCUCCAAAAUCACAACCACUUCCUUCCUUCCUAUCUAUCUAUCUAUCUGUCUGUCUGUCUGUCUAUCUAUCUAUCUAUCUAUCUCAGACUGA